AUGUCGGCGUGGCAAUCCCCAGUGUGUGGAGUCAUAUCGGCGUGGAGACGAUGGCGUGGCGAGCCCGCUGCUGCCAGGGCGGACGGUUUCGGACGGGUUACGGGCUCGGUUUCGUCUGGGCAGGAACUUGUUCCCGCUUCUCACCUGCCAAUUUUCUUGUUCCUCGUCAUAUCUAUUGCCACCGCCAAGCUUCUCGCGCAGUCCAAACGCAAACAGAUCCGCCAAACGCUCCCAUUCUGGCUCACGCAACAACUCCGCAAAGAGGCACGACCUGACAAACACUACAUCGACUUUCGGCGUUCGCGCUGUCCUGUCUGCAGGCAGCACAACCUCCCCGACACGCAAGUAAUGCUCGCCGUCAAGGCUGGCAACCUUCCCAACACCUCUGCUUGA